AUGGCGUACCUGGGCAACGAGCGGGCCGUGGUGCAGGUGCCGGCGACGUCGGAAACCAACAUCAAAGUGGGCGGGCGGUUCGCGUACGCGCUGUGGGCCAGCGUGUACGCCGUCAAGCAGGUGGAUGUGCGCAACCGGGUGCUGGUGCUGUUCGACUACUUCAAGAGCCGGGUGUUCGGGCGCGACAUCUCGCAGUUCUGAAGGAGGGUUGCUCUACUGCGACGAUGGCGGGGAGUACUCUCCUUCCGGGAAGGAGAGUACUCGAAGGGUCGAAGGGGGCGUUGAGGACUUGGUGGCAUCAGGUGAAGCCGUUUCACGCCAAGAAGGGCAUGAACAGGCUCACCAGAUGGCAAAAUGUAUGACACAUUUUUUCAACUGACUUUCUACCGUACUGUGCUUGCUCAAUAAUAUCAUGGAUGAUACAUUUUAUUAUUUAGGAAUUGGGAAAUUGGAUCUCAACAUGGGUGAAAUAUUAUUCAUGAGAUUUAAUCACAACGAUCCGGGGCGAAGUCCCAGAUGGCUGUGAUUAAAUUUGAACAUGGAUAAUUGGCAAAUUGGAUCUCAACAUGGGUGAUAUAUUAUUCAGGAAUUGGUAAAUGGUAAAACUUGAAUUUUAAUUG